CAGUGGCCCAUAGACAAGUCUUACAUCAUGUGUGUAUGUGUCAGAGAGAGAGCGAGAGAGUGAGAGAUCCGUAACAGUAAAUGGGGAGUGGCAGUUUCAGACCUUCCCAGUACACUUUGCUUGACAACUUCAAUCCAACAUUUGACUCCGACUCAACAUGACAAGCAAUGGAGGCCUUUAACCGGAAUCACACUGUCAAACGCUGACAACGGCGAGACGGAGGAGGACACAACCCCAACUGCUUCCAAACAUGUCCCACUCAGCUCACACCUGCAUCAAAAUGGAUGAGGAGAUGCCACUCAAAAUGGUGCCAGGCUCAGUGGACCCGCAGGAGGGCCUCAUGACCGCGGCGGCGAAGAAGAGCGGCAUCGGCGCGGCGGCGUGCGGCAAUGACAAGCAUCACCGGCGGCUGUCCGUCUGCAGCAUCAUCUGCGGCAUUUCCUGCAUCGGAAUCAAAGCGCUCAUCAACUCGGUCAAGGCCGAGACGGAGACGGACCCGACGGCAUCCAUCAGGUUUUCGCGCCGCGCCAAAAAGCUGGCCAUUCUCUCCAUCGUCAUGUGGCUCGCCUUGCUGGCCCUGGCGCCAAUGCUCAUGGCGCUCUUCUCGUACGUGGUCACGCUGCAAGACUGAGUGGGCGGCAACAGACGCGUGACUCCUACAGAUGAUGAUAUUUAUUUAUUUCCCAUUGCAAAGACACUUGUAAAUCUACGCGUAUAAAACCAAGUACACAACAUUUAUACAUGACAAAUCCUCGACGUGUUCAUAUUCAAUAUCCAACUUGUAGAAAAAGUUAAUAAAUUAGCCGUCGCUAUGAACGAA